CCCACAAUCCAGUGCCAAGAAAGAAGUCAACUUUUCUUCCCCUAUUUCCCUGCAUUUCUCUUCUGUCCUCACUGCCACACGCAGCUCAGCCUGGACGGCACAGCCAGAUGCGAGAUGCAUCUGUGCUGAUCUGAGUCUGCCUGUAGCAUGGACCUGCGUCUUCCCUGAAGCAUCUCCAGGGCUGGAGAGAUAACUGCCAUGGUAAGGACCCCGCAACGCUGUGCUGAUGGACGGGAUGAAGGAGGGAGGGAGACCUUGGGGGAAGCUGUAAGAAGGAAGGGGAAGCCUCCGCUACCCUCAUCUGGAAGGGCAGACACAGGAAGCACCAGUUCUAUUUGCCACUACAUCCCAGCUCUCCGUGAGACGAGGAUAAACCAGACAGACAGUGGCUGGGGGUCAGGAAAGACCCCAUUUCUGUCUGAAAUGUCUGCAGAGGGCCCGGUGCCUGCCCCAACCUCAGCCCUAAGAGAAUGAGAGUCAGGAUCCUGGGAGGUCAGUUCUGCUUCCUGUGUAGCUGCAGAUGACAACACCCCGUGAGAGGGACCCAGCCUCCGAGUGUCCACACAAUGAGGGAAGGAGGGGAGGCUAUUUCUCUCUGUGUGUCUCUGUCCUGCCAGCACCGAGGGCAUAUCCAUCCGCACAGCAGGGCGUUGGGAGGAGACGCCAUGACCCCCAUCCUCACGCUCCUGAUCUGUCUCGGAAUCCUCCCCAAGCCCACACUCUGGGCUGAGCCAGACCGUGUGAUCACCUGGGGGAGUCCCGUGACCCUCAGGUGUCAGGGAAACCUUGAAGCCCGGGAGUACCGUCUAUACAGGGAGAGAAAAUCAGCAUCCUGGAUUACAUUGAUACGACCAGAGCUUGUGAAGAAGGGCCAGUUCCCCAUCCCAUCCAUCACCUGGGAAGACGCAGGGCGGUAUCGCUGUCAGUAUUACAGCCACAGUUGGUGGUCAGAGCUCAGUGACCCCCUGGAGCUGGUGGUGACAGGAGCCUACAGAAAACCCACCCUCUCAGCCCUGCCCAGCCCUGUGGUGGCCUCAGGAGGGAACGUGACCCUCCAGUGUGACUCACAAGUGGCAUUUGAUGGCUUCAUCCUAUGUAAGGAAGGAGAAGAUGAACACCCACAACGCCUCAACUGCCAGUCUCAUGCCCGUGGCUGGUCCCGGGCCGUCUUCUCCGUGGGCCCCGUGAGCCCGAGUCGCAGGUGGUCGUACCGGUGCUAUAGUUAUGACUCACACUCUCCCUAUGUGUGGUCUUUACCCAGUGAUCUCCUGGAGCUCCUGGUCCCAGGUGUUUCUAAGAAGCCGUCACUCUCAGUGCAGCCGGGUCCUGUCGUGGCCACUGGGGAAAACCUGACCCUCCAGUGUGGCUCUAACGUCGGCUAUGACAGAUUUGCUCUAUACAAGGAGGGAGAACGUGACUUCCUCCAGCGCCCUGGCCGGCAGCCCCAGGCUGGGCUCUCCCAGGCCAACUUCCCCCUGGGCCCUGUGAGGGGCUCCCAUGGGGGCCAGUACAGAUGCUCUGGUGCACACAACCUCUCCUCCGAGUGGUCGGCCCCCAGUGACCCCCUGGACAUCCUGAUCGCAGGACAGACCCAGGCUAGACCCUCCCUCUCAGUGCAUCCGGGCCCCACGGUGGCCUCAGGAGAGAAAGUGACCCUGCUGUGUCAGUCACAGGGAUGGAUGGACACUUUCUUUUUGACCAAGGAGGGAGCAGCUGAUGCCCCCCUGCGUCUGAAAUCAAAGCACCGGUCUCACAUAUACCAGGCUGAAUUUCCCAUGAGUCCUGUGACCUCAGUCCACGCGGGGACCUACUGGUGCUACGGCUCAUUCAGCUCCAACCCCUACCUCCUGACUCACCCCAGUGAGCCCCUGGAGCUCGUGGUCUCAGGACCCUCUGGGGGUCCCAGCCCCCCACUCACUGGUCCCACCCCCACACCUGCAGGCCCUGAGGACCAGUCCCUCAACCCCACGGGGUCAGACCCCCAGAGUGGUCUGGGAAGGCACCUGGGGAUUGUGACCGGCGUCUCAGUGGCCUUCGUCCUGCUGCUCUUCCUCCUCCUCCUCCUCCUCCUCAUCCUCCGAUAUGGACGUCAGGGCAAACGCUGGACAUCGGCCCAGAGAAAGGCUGAUUUCCAACAUCCUGCAGGGGCUGUGGAGCCAGAGCCCAGAGACAGAGGCCUUCAGAGGAGGUCCAGCCCAGCUGCCGACACCCAGGAAGAAAACCUCUAUGCUGCCGUGAAGGACACACAGCCUGAGGACGGGGUGGAGCUGGACAGUCAGCAGAGUGCACACGAUGAAGACCCCCAGACAGUGACAUACGCCCAGGUGAAACACUCCGGACCUAGGAGAGAAAUGACCUCUCCUCCCUCCCCACUGUCCGAGGAAUUCCUGGACACAAAGGACACACAGGCGGAAGAGGACAGGCCGAUGGACACUGAGGCUGCUGCAUCUGAAGACCCCCAGGAUGUGACCUACGCCCAGCUGCAGAGCUUGACCCUCAGACGGGAGGCAACUGAGCCUCCUCCAACCCAGGAAAGGGAACCUCCAGCUGAGCCCAGCGUCUAUGCCACCCUGGCCAUCCACUAACUCGGAGGGGACCCAGACCCCACACUCAGCAGAAGGAGACUCGGGACUGCUGAAGGCACGGGAGCUGCCCCCAGUGGACACCAGUGAACCCCAGUCAGCCUGGACCUCUGGGAACUUUGGGAAUCGCUUGAUUCUGCAGUCUAAAUAACUAAUAUCCCUACAUUUUUAAAUUAAACAACAGACUUCUCAAUAAUCAACGAGUUAACUGAGAAAACUAAAAUCAGAAGUAAGAAUGUGCUUGAAACUAAAUCACAAUAUAAAUAUUACACACCACACAAUGAAAUGGAAAAACUGCAAACCACAAAAAAAACCACUAGGAAAUGAAUGACGUUGGCUUUCGUAUCAGGAAUUUAGAAAGGGAAUAACAAAUUAUCCCAAAUGAAGGUGUGAGAAAGGGAAUAAUAAGAAAAAUCAGAGUUGCUCAUGAGGAAAAACCAAAACUUGAAAAUUCAACAAAGCCAGUGAAGCUCAUUCUUGAAAAUAUUAAUUACACUCAAAUCCUAACUACAAUGAGCAAGAAAAAGAAAGAGCAGGCACGCAUUUCCAUGUGGGCGUGAAGAAGCAGACAGCCCAGCAGAUCCUACACACAUUUUCAAAAACUAACCUCAGAACAGGGUGCAAACCUAUGCCAAUAUACCAGAAAAUGCAGAUUAAAUAGAUGAAAUAUUCCAAACUGGAGUUUACUUAAUGAACGUAAGAGUAAUCAGAGAAUCUGACUCACUUUAGAUGUGUGUGUGUGUGUGUAUGUGUGUGUGUGUGUGUGAAAUAUACUGACUAAUAAAAAUGUUCCCAUGGUAUAAACUCCA